ACCAUCACCACACUCCUCGCCUGAUGCCAAAGCCUGGUGACCAGCAGACACAUCAUCUUCCCUCCGAUAUUGCCAGGCGGAGCACAUCCAUCUUCAGCAGAAGAGGAGCGUCCAACGACCAGGAACCAAAGGCGCCUGUCGUCCACGUCGCCCUCAUGGCCAUCUCGCGUCCUCAUAUCAUCACCCAGUACAGCUGGUCUGAGAAGAUCAAUGGCCUCGUCCGCUCCGAAACAACCACAUGUCCUCCUCACAAUAGAAAGGAUGCCAGAACCUCGACCUCGAAACGUACCGUCUUGAAUGCCGUUCCCCCAUCAUAUACCACGAGAACGCGCACGCUGGAUCGGCAUUCGCUGCGCCACUCCGAUACCGAGCACCGCAUUGGUACCUGGAUCAAUGGUGUCGCACACUUUGAUCAGAGCCCUCUACAUUACGGGACGAACGAUGUGCUGCUCUACGAGGACCCGGACUCGACCAUUUCCACACCUACUGCCAAGCCUCCGCUUUCUGUCCGAAUACCAGGAAGUGCCCGCUCCUCCUCCUCCUCCUUGGAUCCAUUGUCCGUCUACACCAAUCGCCCGCUGGCCAUCGAAAUCGCUGCUCCCCUCGACACUGCACGUCUCCACACUCCCGACCCACAAUCCGCAAACCACUUGCGAGCAGGCUGCCACAGGUCUCGGCCAUCGCAGUCAUCGGCUUCCAGCCGAGCGAGGACCGAUGAGAGCUCUCCCUACAGUAGACCAAGUUCUGUCACCAGUGUGGAUACAAAAACCACGGCAUCGCCUGUACAAGCGGGUGUGUUGGACGACAUAUCGCCACGAUCCAGACUCACCAACAUCGACAUUAACAAGGCCCUCCCGCCGACGCCAGUGGCCGCGCCAUCAAUACUGGUGAUGGAAGCAGAAAUGGUCAAUUCGACCCGCGCGUCGUCCCAGUCUCUCAGGAAUACGGCGUCACAGCGGAAGGGCACGCCCAGUGUGCCGUUCCCACGCCGCACCAUGACGGAGCUACGACACAGUCAAUAUGCCCCCACCCGACGCCACACGAGUAGCCCUACAUUGAGCCAGGCUGAGCUCGAGCUCAGCACGCAACUCUCAGCGAUGAGCACGCAGUCGUCCAGCUGGCUAUGGGCGGAUGAUCUGCUCGAUGAGCAGCAACACAUGGUCAAGCCCCCUCCGAUCCCCAAACGACACGACAGUGUACGCGAAGUCAUGCAACCACCACUGGAGCGUGCUCCCACGCUGCCAAAGCGCUCUCGGAAACGCGAUUGGCGUGCACGUGGGCAACGAGGGUCGCAGUUUGUGCGAGACCAGUCCUUGCCCGUGCCUACCAGGAGACGAUCCGAGUCUCACUUGGCAACUCUCUCCAACAACGCGAGCGAACGACCACUGCUCCGAAGAACCGCGAGCAUGUCUGGCACAGGUGCCAUCCGGGAGAAUCUGGUCCCACUCGUGUCACAAAGGGUGCUCUUUGCCACUGCCGCGCCAGCGCCAGGAGCAGAGCCUCCGAGCAUACCUGCACCGCCACGCGGCGACGAUGUAACAGACCAUAUCAAAUGCCAGUCGUCGAGCACGGAAAUAUCAUCGAGAGACGACGACAACGACGACGUGGAGCUCUCCGUACCGGCCACGUCGGCAGAAGUCGUCUUACUCGACAUAUUAUGUGCAUUGACCAGCCUCCGUGAUCUAUUCAACACGGCCAUCAUCAAUAGAGGCAUGUACCGCGUAUACAAGGAGCAUGAAAUGCAACUCAUCAAGGCUGUCAUCUGCAAUGAAUCUGCUCCUGCCGCUGAACUGAGAGAAUGGAAGCAUCCCGACGUCCCCGACAUCCCCGACAAGCUGUCCUCCGACGCUUCACCUGUCCCGCAGGAACAUACUCCUACUUCCUAUGUGGCGAGCUAUUGGCGCGAUCUUGACGUGGUUCACCGCCUCAAGAGCCUCAUUCACGACAAGUGCGGCACUUUUGUGAGACCGGAAACAACCUUCGCCUUGUCCACGCCUACGCAUCCCCAUGCGCAACGAUUCGACGAUGCUCUCUAUCGCAUCUGGUGCUUCACCUUUAUCUUUGGAAGCAACAAGGGCCGCGAAGAAGACUUGACGAAUCAGCUGAACUGGUUGCAGGGAGAUUCGCUCGACGAUUAUUCGCUCUCCGCAACGAUUGUGGACUUUGACAUGUCCAACGGUUUCCUCGCUGCGCCCACCCACUUCGCCCUGGGCAAUCGCGGUGGUCUCACACCCGCACAGCUGUACGACAUGACGGAAAUGUGGACGUGUCUCGGAUCUCUUCUGCAUGGUUACCGUGGCCGUGUCGGACAAGCCCGAGACAGCGGCGUGUUCGACCACUGUGACGUGGUCGAGGGUGACAUUGAGAAUGAAGGACGCCUGCUGGAGGAAUGGCUCGCAUACCUCCUGACCUUGGGCCCCGAUGUCGUAUUGGAAAUGGCCGUCCUUGCCUCCGACAACAGCGCAUCGGGCUUCUCACUCGCCCGGCAGCGUGGCUGGACCACAUGGAGACCACCCGUCUACAACAGCAGCCUGUGUAACUUUCUCAAGGAGCCCAUGGCCAUCAUAUACUCGGAGCAAAUCCUGGCAGCCAACCAUCGUCCCCAAGAUGCCCAGGAACGAGAACAGAAACUCCUCAGUCGCAGACGAGUCGCGUCCAUGGCUGCCGAAAUCCGCCUCCGUCGACAAAGUAGCGAUUACAAACGACUACCUCUGAUUGACAUGGCUUCCGAACGGCCCAUGAGCAUCAUGUCGCGUAGCAGUACCACCCGUUCCUCAGCAACAGCCACUCUCCACCAUCCAGCAUCUUCCUCCUCCUCAUCAUCAUCAUCAUCACUUCCUCCUCCUGCAUCAGCUCAAGGAAUCGGCCAUAGUCGCUCUCCCACUCCCUGUUGGACACCACCCACCCAUUCCAUCAGUCCCAUUCUCGAAGACGACAACAAACCCGAUCUUCCCCUCCACAACAACGAACCCCGCCGCAACAGCCAUCUCCCCGCCAAUCCCCUCCUCCUCCACCAAUUCGCCCCGGGCGCAAACAACACGAGCGACAUGGCCGUGCACAAACUCGUCUCCAUGGGCUUUCCCGUCACGGAUGCGAAAAAGGCCUUGAAAGUGACGGAUGAUGGGGAAUCGUUGCGCGUGGAUCGUGCUGUUGAGUAUUUGUUGCGGUCUCAGUAUUCGUUGUCAGGAAUAUAGAGGAAUCAUCUGUGGGAGGAUAGAACAUGAUGAAUGAUAUGAAUGAUAUGAAUGAAUGAAUGAUGUGAUAUGAACUGGAAAGGAUGGAUAUUGAUAUGGACCUUAUAAAUAUAUAUAAAUAUACAUAUGUGUGUAGGCAAAAAUCCGAGACAUGGAUGCACUCA